AUGCAAAUCACUCGUGAAACCAAAUAUAUACUUGGAAGCGUUUUGUCGUUAGGCAUCAGCUUUUCUGCAUUGUUAGCUCACGUUUUUUCGAGCCCAUCUCUUCCAUGGGUUUACAAUCACAAUGCUACCCCGUUUUUCGCAAAUAAACUCAUGCUGAGUGUCUACAUUAUUAUUGAAUACUUGUCCUUUCUCAGCAUGAACAUUCCUCUGUUGCUGCUUGGAGACCAGGUAAACGAUUUUACCUUUUCUAUUAUUCACUCGUCAAUUUGGUAUAACCUCCUUCUCGUCUUGACGAUAAUAUUGUUUGUGCGCGAAAAAUUAUAUUGGACGGCCUUGUUGUCGCUGUUUUUGUUUUCCACGGCUUUCACCAUGUACAGUCAAUCUCUUCGCUUAAGAAACGGCGUCAUUGAAAUGUUUACUAUGAAAUUUCCUUCAAAACUUGUCUUUGGAAAAUCACUUUGGUUUGUCGUCUAUGCUUUCUCAGCCGCAGUCCACUGUCGAAGCAUCGGGUGCCGUGUAUUCUCUAACGUUUUCAUUUGGUUUGUUGCCAUUUUGUAUUUAGCACCCAUUUUGGGCUUCCAUGAUUGGGCUCUCUCUCUCAUCAGCGCUUACUUGUUUGGUGCCAUAGGUGUCGGCCAGCUUUUUAUUCAUUUGUUUGCCCUCCAACACAUUUUUGCUUUCAUCAUUUCUGGUUUAAUGGUUCUCUUUGCUGGUCUUUUGUUCCUUCUUCCUUACAGACAAAGACGUGCUUCUUUGACUGGCGAAAGCGCUCCACUUUUGCAAGAUAAUGCUGGUAGCGCCCCUGUUGGUGGUGCUGUUUGA